UAGUUACGGGAACACAGAUCAGAGAGGCACGCGUCGCCAGCAGCUGAGAUCCCGUUCUACAAAUCGACGGGCACGAUUUCUCGAUGAGAGAGUUGUGGAUUUAAAAGCAGAAUUUGAGGUGGGGUUUGAGGUCUAAAUUUUGAACACAAGGGCGCGAGAUCGGAGUGCCUUCUUCUUCCUCCCACCCCGAAAUUUUCAAGUCGAUACAUCUCUAAGACUAGUAACACAAAAUGGCCGAGGCUGAGGACAUUCAACCACUUGUCUGUGACAAUGGGACUGGGAUGGUUAAGGCUGGAUUUGCUGGAGAUGAUGCUCCAAGGGCUGUCUUUCCUAGUAUUGUUGGCCGCCCACGUCACACUGGUGUGAUGGUUGGCAUGGGUCAAAAGGAUGCAUAUGUUGGAGACGAGGCUCAGUCUAAGCGUGGUAUUUUGACCCUGAAAUACCCCAUUGAACAUGGUAUUGUGAGCAACUGGGAUGAUAUGGAGAAAAUUUGGCAUCAUACUUUCUACAAUGAACUUCGUGUUGCCCCAGAAGAACAUCCAGUUCUACUCACAGAAGCACCUCUGAACCCAAAGGCCAAUCGUGAGAAAAUGACCCAAAUCAUGUUUGAGACAUUCAACACUCCUGCCAUGUAUGUCGCCAUCCAGGCUGUUCUUUCCCUCUAUGCCAGUGGUCGUACAACUGGUAUUGUCCUGGACUCUGGAGAUGGUGUCAGCCACACUGUUCCCAUUUAUGAGGGGUAUGCUCUCCCACAUGCCAUUCUCCGUCUUGACUUAGCAGGUCGGGACCUCACUGAUGCUCUUAUGAAAAUCUUGACUGAGCGUGGCUAUUCCUUCACCACCACAGCUGAGCGAGAAAUAGUCAGGGACAUGAAGGAGAAGCUUGCAUAUCUUGCUCUCGACUAUGAGCAGGAGCUUGAAACUUCUAAGACAAGUUCUUCAGUUGAGAAAAGCUAUGAAUUGCCUGAUGGACAGGUGAUCACCAUCGGUGCUGAGCGAUUCCGUUGCCCAGAAGUACUUUUCCAACCAUCUAUGAUUGGAAUGGAAGCUGCAGGCAUUCAUGAGACUACAUACAACUCUAUCAUGAAGUGUGAUGUCGAUAUCAGGAAGGAUUUGUAUGGAAACAUUGUUCUCAGUGGUGGGUCUACCAUGUUCCCUGGCAUUGCUGACAGAAUGAGCAAAGAAAUCACGGCUUUGGCACCAAGCAGCAUGAAAAUCAAGGUUGUUGCUCCACCUGAGAGGAAGUACAGUGUCUGGAUUGGUGGAUCCAUCCUCGCAUCUCUAAGCACUUUCCAGCAGAUGUGGAUCGCAAAGGCAGAGUAUGAUGAAUCUGGUCCAUCAAUUGUACACAGGAAGUGUUUCUAGUGCUGCUGGAUGGGAGCGGUGAGAGUGCGAUGUCUAGUUUUAAGUAUAGCAAUUGCAGCUUGCAAGUUUUUCACUCUACCUUUGCUUGUCGCAACAAUGAACUACGAGACGUGGAGGUUACAAGAGAGAGUUUUAACUCUUUUUAGUUGUUAUUCUUCUGUAUUAACUGUUGAACAGUAUUAUUAGCUCAAUGCUAAGACAAAGCUCUCUGCAGUUUAUAAAUUUUUGGUUCUCCCACCUUUACUGAUUGAAAACUAAAAUGCCAUAUAAAUCUUGAGGGCUUCUCUGAUGAUUUAAUAAACUUUUCUUUUUCUGUC